ACUUCACAUACCCGCCCUGCCAGCCCUACAAUACUGUGCACAUUGUCUUUGUAUAAUCAGCAAGCUGCGCUGCUUUGCUCGGGACAGACAAAGGGUAGCUCAGGCCAAGAAAGCCAGGCUGUAACUGAAGGUACCCCAGAAAAUUACUGCUUGGGCUUGUAUCAGAGCAGGUGCAGCUGACGAGAGGAAGCAUUUCUUUUGAAAAAAAGCAUCUUUGUCGGAGACGUGUACGAUGGAGCGCUGCAAAGUGUCCUAGGUUGACAAAGAGACAGCUGUGGUAGUGGAACCAUCACCCUGGAAAUUAUGGUCUCCACCAACAACAAAGAUGCCCACCCGCAAUCGCACCCCAUACCUGACAGUCAACCAAACAGCUGCACAGAGGACUUUGAGGCCAGCGACGAGGAAGCUGGUUGCGCAAGUGACGAUGACAACUUCAUGGAUGUUGGAGAGAACAGCGACACAGAGGUGACGUAUGUAAGGGAAGGAGUCGCAGCAGUGGUGGCGAAGAAUGAGAGGAUCAUGGGGAGGCUGAGCCUCAUCAAACAGAAUAGGGUCAUGUUCCUGGCAUGGCUGCCCUACUCGCCAGGGUCCCUCCUGCCGGAUGGGACCUUCCACACUCCUCCCAUCGUGGCCGCUCAACCCACCGCACGUGAUCGCACGAUGUACGCAGUGCACCCAAUACCUCUGUCAGAGGUGAAGGCUGUUCGCAAGCAUGCGCCCUCAUUUGGCACGCAGCACAUUGUCCUCGUGCUCACAAAUGGCCUCACGCUGCCACCGCUGUACUUCACUGCCGGCGGCGUCCGAGCGCUGUUCUCCGCCCUCAAAGAGCACUGCGACCUGGUGAAGUCAGCAGAGGACCCCAACACCUACCUCAUCAACGACACCGCAGACCCCCUGCAGCAGUCCCUCUCCGGCCUCCUGCUGGACGGACUCCCUCCCUCUGCCUCCGCCGCCUUCGCGCCCCGCACCGUGGCGAAUGAGGCGGAGGGUGGCAACGUGGUGAGCCAGAUGUGGGAGGGCGUUGCGCGCAUGACGCAGCGCGCGAGAGAGACCACUCAGUCCUUCCUCGAGUCCUCCGUGCUCUACCCGCCCCCGCACGCUGCAGCAGAUGACGGCGCAACGGCAGCCGCGGCGGCCGCGCCCGGGGACGGCCGGCCGGCUGCGGCCGGCGCGGAGUGGCUGGACGCAGAAGCGGCGGAACGGCCAGGGCCGUCGUCGGAGGACGGCGAGCGCGUCAGCUUCGGGGAAGCUGCCACAGCCGUCGGCGCGUUCGAGCUGCUGGACCGGGACUUGCUGGAAUCAGCGACAAGCGUGCGCAAUGCGCCCCGGCCGCCGCCCAUGCACCAUGAGGAGUUCUGCUCCUUCCUCGGCAGCGACGGGCGCAUAGCGAAUGAGAAGGCGAUGCGGGCGCGCGUGUUCUACAGCGGCUGCGAGCCGGAAGUGCGGCGCGAGGUGUGGAAGUUUCUGCUGGGCCUCUACCCGGCCGACUCCACCGCCGCCGAGCGCGCGGCCAUCAUGAAAGAAAAGAAGCACCGCUACGCCACCAUCAAAUCCCAAUGGACCUCCAUCGGCCCAGACCAGGCGGCCAAGUGGAGCAAGUGGCGGGAGCGGCGCAGUCGGGUUGAGAAGGACGUACGGCGGACGGACCGAGCGCAGCCGUUCUACCGGGCGGAGCGCGGCCGCAACGUGCGCAUGCUGCGAUGCAUCCUCCUCUCCUACUCCAUCUACAACUACGACCUCGGCUAUGGAAUGUCAGACAUGGUGGCGCCCAUCCUGUACGUCAUGCAUGAUGAGGCGGAGGCAUUCUGGUGCUUUGCCUGCCUCAUGGAAAAGCUGGAGGCGAACUUCCACACGGACUGUCGGGGGAUGCAGUCUCAGCUGGUGGCGCUCAGCAGCCUCAUGAGCAUCCUGGACCCCCAGCUCACCUCCUUCCUGGAGAGCAAGGAGGCCACCAACUACUACUUCUGCUACCGGUGGCUGCUCAUCCUGUUCAAGCGGGAGUUCUCCUCCUACGAAGAGGUGCUGAGGCUGUGGGAGGCGCUGUGGUCUCGCCACAUCAGCCCCCACUUCCACAUCUUCAUGUGCGCGGGCGUGCUCGGUCUCCACCGGCGUGCCAUCAUGGACGCUGACCUGGAUUUCGACGGCAUCCUCCGCUACUGCAUCCAGCUCUCCGGCAAGCUCGAUCUCCACCAGGUGCUGAGGUGUGCGGAGAAGCUGGCGUUGCUGGCGGGGACGGCCGGCCAGGAGUGCCUGCGCGCCGCCGGCCUGCCCUGACCUGCCCGCUGUGGGCAGCCUCCGCUGCCCGGCCGGGCUGCCCGGCGCUGAAAUCACAGGCCGUACUUAACCACCACCGC